AUGGCUGCUGCAGACGUCCGCUUCAAGUUGAAUACUGGUGCUGAGAUCCCGGCCCUCGGCCUGGGUACCUGGCAGUCCGCGCCUGGAGAGGUCGCCCGCGCCGUGAGCCACGCCAUCAAGGUCGGCUACCGCCACAUUGACACUGCGUUGUGCUACGGCAACGAGCAUGAAGUAGGCCAAGGUAUCAAGGAGGCCAUUGACGCUGGCAUCGUCAAGCGCGAGGAGCUGUUCGUCACCACCAAGCUGUGGUGCUCGUACCACGCCCGCGUCGAGGAAGGCCUCGAGACCUCCCUGAAGAACCUUGGCCUUGACUAUGUGGACCUGUAUCUGAUGCACUGGCCGCUGGCCAUGAACCCCAACGGCAACCACCCGAUCUUCCCCAAGCUGCCGGACGGCUCGCGGGACAUUGUCCACGAACACAGCCACGUCACUACCUGGAAGAGUAUGGAGAAGCUUGUCGGCAGCGGUAAGGCCCGCGCUAUCGGCGUCUCCAACUACAGUGUCCAGUACCUGGAGGAGCUCCUGGCACAGGCCACCGUGACCCCCGCUGCCAACCAGAUCGAGAAUCACCCCUCGCUCCCCCAGCAGGAGAUUGUCGACUUCUGCAACCAGAAGGGCAUCCACAUCACCGCUUAUAGCCCCCUGGGUAGCACUGGCAGCCCGCUAUUCACCGCCAAGCCCAUCGUCGAGGUCGCCGAGAAGCGCGGCGUCACUCCCGCUACUGUACUCCUCAGCUGGCACAUUGCCCGCGGCUCCUCUGUUCUUGCCAAAUCCGUCACACCCUCCCGCAUCGAGGCCAACCGUGCGGAUCUUAUCAAGCUGGAUGCCGAGGACAUCGCCACUAUCAAGAAGUACUCCGACGAGCUGGCUGCUACCAAGUCCUUCCAGCGCUUCGUGUUCCCACCCUUCGGCAAGAACUUCGGUUUUCCCGACAAGAUGUAA